GUAACCAAAUCUUGGAACUCAAAUAUAAAAACAUUUUAUCCUGGACACAGAAAAUGGAAAGGCAAAGCAAAGAGUCUCUUCUCUCAAACAUUCACCGAAGUCUGUGGAUGGAGAUGUCUUUCAUGGCCACUGCUUUCACUUCUCCAUUCUAAACAAAGAAAACCCAAAACCGAGAAUUUUCUCGAUAAAAAGAAAUCCCAUUUUAGUCAAUAAAACAAAGAGUAGAAAAUAGAAAGAAAAUAUUGAACUUUGAAACGGUUACCAUGUCUUUCUCUUUCCUUAAUUUUAUUUCAUCUCCUCCACAAGUCAACUCCGUUUUUUGCUCUCCAAUUUUCUCUCUUUACCACUUCCAUUCUUCUCCUUUUCCUUCCCUAUAUCACCUCAAACAAAGUUAUGGGAAUGGAGGGAUUAUAAGAGGGUUUGGGAUUUUGGGUGAUUGGAAAGGCAAAGAGAGGGUGAAUCCUGGUUCAAUGGGGAAAGAAAAAGGUGGAUUUUUUUGGGUUUCUUCUCUUUGUAGUUCUAGAGGGAGUAGUAACUGUAGUAGUAGCAAAGGAGAAGAAUUUGAGAGUGAAGAGGAGGAGGAGGAUGAAGUAGAAGAGGGUCAUGGGUCGUUUUGUGUUUUGCCUGACAGAUGGGAUGUUCUUGGCCUUGGUCAAGCCAUGGUAGACUUUUCUGGCAUGGUUGAUGAUGAAUUCUUGGAGAGAUUGGGAUUAGGGAAGGGAACUCGGAAGGUUGUAAAUCAUGAGGAGAGGGGUAAAGUUUUGCAGGCUAUGGAUGGCUGCAGCUAUAAGGCAGCUGCUGGAGGAUCUCUUUCCAACAGUCUGGUGGCUUUGGCAAGGCUUGGUUGUAAGCCCAUUGGAGGCCCUGCGUUAAAUGUAGCUAUGGCAGGCAGCGUAGGUAGUGAUCCAUUGGGUGGCUUCUACAGGGCAAAACUACAUCGGGCAAAUGUGAAUUUUCUUUCUGAUCCUAUUAAGGAUGGAACAACUGGAACAGUGAUAGUUCUUACAACUCCAGAUGCUCAGCGCACAAUGCUUUCUUAUCAGGGAACAUCAUCGGCUAUUAAUUAUGAUUCUUGCUUGGAUGGUGUUGUCUCCAAGACAAAUAUAUUUGUUGUUGAGGGCUAUUUAUUUGAACUUCCUGAUACAAUCAGAACUAUUAUAAAGGCAUGUGAAGAAGCAUGCAGGAGUGGUGCCCUGGUAGCAGUCACAGCAUCAGAUGUCUCCUGCAUUGAGAGACAUUAUGAUGAUUUCUGGGAAAUUGUUGGCAAUUAUGCAGAUAUUGUGUUUGCAAACAGUGACGAAGCAAGAUCUCUAUGUCAUUUUACCUCAAAGGAAAGCCCUAUUUCAGCAACAAGGUAUCUUAGUCACUUUGUUCCCCUGGUCUCAGUUACAGAUGGACCUAGAGGAUCUUACAUAGGUGUAAAAGGAGAAGCUGUAUAUAUUCCUCCCUCUCCAUGUGUACCAGUGGACACAUGUGGUGCUGGUGAUGCAUAUGCAUCUGGUAUUUUGUAUGGUAUAUUACGAGGUGUCUCGGAUUUGAAAGGCAUGGGUACAUUAGCAGCUAGGAUAGCAGCCACAGUUGUCGGGCAACAGGGGACCCGACUUAGGGUUCAGGAUGCUGUUGCUUUGGCAGAGUCGUUUGCAUUCAACCUGGAGAGUUCUAGUGUAAGGUCAGAUGUAGGUUCAGAUCAUAUUUCCAGCUUGUGACUGGUGCCUUGAAGCCCGUGUUGAUUUCUCCGUUCUUUUGGAUCUUCAUAGCUUGUAAACUUUUUCAUUAUCGCUCCAAACAUUGUUGGCAACAUAUUUGCCUUGCCAAUGAUUCAAAAUUGAUUGUCAUUCCAAUGUCAUUUGGUAUAAAUGUCAUGAAAAAUAUUUUGGAUUCCAUCGAUUCUCUAAUUGUAUAUAACAACAGAUUCUUCUGACCAGCCUUAUCCUCAACACAUAGACCAUGCCCACCAUCUCGAAAACAACUUUUGAGAAACACUUAUUGGAUUCUAGAGAUUGGUAGAUGAUUAUGAUGGAAAUAAUGAGAUUUGGUGUUUGAAAGUUUGAAAUAAGUUCUGUUGCCAAUAGAUAUGCGUAAGACUCGUGGUGGGACAAAUGAGAUUGGUGCCUGUCAUUUUCUGCAAGAUAACUGGAAUAUGCUCAUAGGUUUUAUCCCACCUCAAUCUCUGAAACAACCCAAAUCAUUGGAGGUGUCAUAGUUGAAUUCCAUGAAGUUCCAAUAUUUGUUCAUAUGCACACUGGUGUUUUAUGCAUGCAGCCUUAUUUCAUCUCU